AUGGGCAACGUGUGCUUCUGCGGCACCACCUCCACGUCCCCUGAUCAGCCCGAACCCGACGCCACAGCCAGCAAAGCGCCGCCACAUCCACAAAGUGGCCACAAGAGGCCGGCGACGCCUCCGAGCAGCCAGCAGGGCAGCAACAGCCAGGAGCCGAGCCCGGGGUCCAACAAGCCCAGACCGAAGGCGAGGCCCAAGGCGGCGGCUACUAAGCCCAACAACCCGUACGACCGGGCUCCGCCGCCGGCGCACGCUUCCCGCGGCGUCGGCGGGGCGUCGGCGUUGGCGUCGCGCGUGCUGGACGGCGUGGUGCCGCACCACCCGCGGCUACGCGUGACGGACAAGUACCACCUCGGGCGGGAGCUAGGGCGGGGCGAGUUCGGCGUCACGCGGCUCGCCACGGACCGCGCCACGCGGGAGCGCCUGGCGUGCAAGUCCAUCCCGAAGCGGCGCCUGCGCACGGCGGUGGACGUCGCCGACGUGCGCCGGGAGGUGGCCAUCAUGGCGUCGCUGCCCGACCACCCGGCGCUCGUGCGCCUGCGGGCCGCCUACGAGGACGCCGACGCCGUGCACCUCGUCAUGGAGCUCUGCGACGGCGGGGAGCUGUUCGACCGGAUCGUGGCGCGCGGGAGGUACACGGAGCGCGCCGCGGCGGCCGCCGCCAGGACCGUGGCCGAGGUGGUGCGGGCGUGCCACGCGCACGGGUCAUGCACCGGGACCUCAAGCCCGAGAACUUCCUGCGAGCGGUUCACGGAGAUCGUGGGCAGCCCGUACUACAUGGCGCCGGAGGUGCUGCGGCGGAGCUACGGGCCGGAGGUGGACAUCUGGAGCGCCGGCGUGAUCCUGUACAUCCUCCUCUGCGGCGUGCCGCCCUUCUGGGCCGAGACGGAGCAGGGCGUGGCGCGCGCCAUCCUCCGCGGCAACCUGGACCUGCAGCGGGAGCCGUGGCCGCGGAUCUCCGAGGGCGCCAAGAGCCUCGUCCGCCAGAUGCUGCAGAUGGACCCCAAGAAGAGACCCACCGCGCAGCAAGUGCUCGAGCACCCGUGGCUGCAGAACGCGCUGAAGGCGCCCAACGUGCCGCUGGGCGACGUCGUCCGGGCGCGCCUGCAGCAGUUCUCCGCCAUGAACAAGUUCAAGAAGAAGGCCAUGCGGGUGAUCGCGGAGCACCUGUCCGUGGAGGAGGUGGAGGUGAUCCGGGACAUGUUCGCGCUCAUGGACACCGACAAGGACGGCAGGGUGACGGUGGAGGAGCUCAAGGCCGGGCUCAGGAAGGUGGGGUCCAAGCUGGCCGAGCCCGAGAUGGAGCUGCUCAUGGAGGCCGCCGACGUGAACGGCAACGGGUACCUGGACUACGGCGAGUUCGUGGCGAUCACCAUCCACCUGCAGCGGCUCUCCAACGACGCCCACCUCCGCAAGGCGUUCCUCUUCUUCGACAAGGACAGCAGCGGGUACAUCGAGCGCGCCGAGCUGGCCGACGCGCUCGCCGACGAUGCCGGGCACACCGACGAGGCCGCGCUCAACAACAUCCUGCAAGAAGUCGACACCAACAAGGAUGGGCGGAUCAGCUUCGACGAGUUUGUGGCGAUGAUGAAGGCCGGCACGGACUGGAGGAAGGCGUCCCGGCAGUACUCGAGAGAGCGGUUCAAGACCCUGAGCAACAGCCUCAUCAAGGAUGGGUCGCUCGGCAUGGCUCGAUGA